UCGGAGUGUGUGUUCGAUCGAGCAGUCACGGCUCUGUUGCAUGCACGUGCAUCGUUGAAAAAAACCGAAGAAAGACCUUUGUCUGAGCGAGGAGAACAAGGGGGAAAGUUUUCUUGCCGUGGCCAAUCUGCGGACCAAGCUGGACUGCAUAAAAAGGAGUCUUUCUUUUCUUUUUUUACUGAAAAGGCUGAAGGAAGGGGAGAGAGAUCAAGGCCGAGGGCUUGCAAGUUGAACGGAGUGAUCAUCAAAGAUGGGCAGUGGAGAGGACUCUCCUCCUCCCUCUCCGAGGGGGCCAGCAGCAGCAGCAGCAGCAGAAGAAGAAGAAACAGCUGUACCUGGAGGGGAGGUAACCCCCCCUUCUGGUGGACCAUCGGUCAUGUCUUCUGCGUCAGGAGUUACAGUGGAGAGGCAGGGGGAGGGGGAGGUGACUCCCCCCUCUCCUUCCCAACGCCUCCAGUCGAUUACUACCCCAGCAGCAGCAGCAGCAGCAGGUGCCACAGGAGCAUUGGACGGGGGGCCUGGCCACGGCAUCACGCCCAGUGGGGGUGGUCGGCAUGUGACCCUGACACCCCCUCCCCCUCCUCCCUCUGGCCCCCCUCCUGGUGCGAUGAGGGCUCCACAGCUUCAGCCCAUCCCUAGACCUGCGACAAGGCGACCUGCUGGCAACAACGGGCGAUGGAUUGAGCGGAUGAUCAAUGCAAACUACUACCGAAUGGUCGUGGAAAGACCUGUGGAAGUUUGGCAGUACCAGGUGAUCAUACUAAAAAAAAAUCUGUCUGCGGAUGAGUCUCGCUGGAUGGAAGUCAAGAAUAGGCGGACCAGAAGGCAGUUGCUCACGGCUGCUCUGGAAGAGCAGGGCAUCUUUCAACGCUCCACCACAGUUUUUGAUAACUCCAAGGCAUUGUACACCGUUGGACCCGGGCCCUUUCAAUCCAAAGAACUAACGCACAUCCCGGCCCAAGACAAUAGCUCCAACGGCGAAAGUGGCAGGGCUGACUCUGGGUUCUGCAUCAGAUUGCAAUUGGAUGGGAAGAUUGACCUCGGAGUUUUGAUGCCUGCGGAAAGUGGGCGUGGCGCAUCAGAUCAGGUCGAGAAAGCACUUCAGGUUCUCAAUCUGGUGAUUCAAGAGAAUGCACAGGCAAUGGGAGGUUGCGUACCAGUUGGACAAUCAUUGUUUCACAAACAAUUUGGUUCCAGCCCCAUAGGGGGGGCGCUUUUGAACAUUCCGGGAUUUUUUACGAGUGUCAGGAGAGUACAGGCCACCCUGGCCCUCAAUAUUGAUUUAUCGAACGCAGCCUUUAUUGCACCCGGGCCAGUACUUGAUGCUCUCUGCAACCUUUUCAGAAAAGACCUUCGCCGAAUUCCGCGUAUGACUCCAGAUGAAUGCCGCAAGGCUAAGAAAUUCUUGAAAGGGUUACAGAUCACCGUGGAGCUGCGUGCCAGGAAUGGGAAUCAUUACAGGCUGCAAAGCGUUUUUAGUGUCACUGUCGAGUCUGCCGAUAUGCUUAGGUUUGAGAUGAAGGAGGGUGAACAAAUGAGAGAAAUGACUGUCACACAAUAUUACAGUGAAAAAUAUGGCUUGGAGUUGCGGGGACGUACGUUGCCGUGCAUAGAUGUAGGCAAGCGCAGUCGACCUGUGUAUAUCCCCCUUGAGUUCUGCGUUAUUUUGCCGAUGCAACCCUACAAGGGAAAGCUUCUGCCCGAGCAAGCGAGCAGUCAAAUCAAAGAGACUUGCAUAUCGGCUCCAGCUCGCUGGACUGACACCGAGAAGAUGAUUGCUAAAAACAGAUACGAUCUCGAUCCCAUCCUGAAGACAUUCAGUGUGAAAGUCCUCCCAGGAAUGGCGCCAGUCCAGGCACGGAUUCUUGCUCCCCCAGUGAUGUCGUUUGGGAAUAACUAUCAAGACACGCCGAUGAAUGGGCAAUGGAAUCUCAACACGAAGACUGUUUAUCAGGGAGUCACUAUCAAUGCGUGGAUGGUGGUCGCUCUCAACAGUGAAGUUCAUCCGAGGGUCUUUGAUGACAUGGCGAGAAGCUGGCAUAAGAAGGGUAUUAGAAUCAAUCCCGAAAGGAAGUUCCUUGCCCAAGCUCGUCCGGAUGAAUACUGUUCACCGCAGGAGAUGAAGGCUUGCCUUGAAGGUCUUUUAGACAGGGCCACAGCUAAUUUGAAUAUGCGCCCAGACCUUAUGAUAUGUGUUUUACCAUCCAGCAAUUCGCCUAUGUACGCUAGUCUGAAGAAGGUUUGCGAUACGGAGCUGGGGAUCGUUACCCAGUGUAUUAAUGCUUCCAAGGAAAAGAGGUUCAAUGAUCAGUACUGGGCAAAUGUUGGCCUCAAGGUCAAUGUGAAGCUGGGGGGUAUCAACACUCUGCUGGAGCAGGAAAAGAGAUCUGCAAUACCCAAGUUUUCUGACAAGCCAACGAUCGUCAUUGGAAUGGACGUUUCGCACGGAUCGGCUAUGGAGCGGGAUAACUUUUCUAUUGCAGCUGUCGUGGGAUCGAAGGAGUGGCCUCUUCUGAGCAAGUAUUCAUGCAGAACAAGAUCACAGAAGUGUCGUCUUGAGACAAUAGUUGGGCUCUAUGAAGAAAUUGACACUGGAAAUGGUAACAUCCAGCGAGGAGGAAUGCUCAAGGAGGUUCUUGAGGAGUAUCGAGCGACAUCCAGAGGUUGUUUGCCUCAGCGAAUAAUUAUAUACAGGGAUGGUGUGAGCGAGUCCCAGUUUGGUGCAGUGCUGAAUGUGGAGCUCAGCGCAAUACGACAGGCUCUUUCUAUCUUUGAUGAGCCUGGACGAAGGUAUUCUCCAGCGAUCACAUUCAUAGUUGUCCACAAGAAACAUCAUACCAGGUUUUUCCCGGAGCCGAGGCAUUACCGAGAGGGAGGAAAGGGCCAAAAUAUUCUUCCAGGCACAGUGGUGGACAGGAUCGUGUGCAGUCCUGACCAAUUUGACUUCUACCUCUGCAGCCACCAAGGCAUCCAGGGUACAAGUCGUGCAGCACAUUACCAUGUGCUUUAUGACGACAACAACUUCAACGAGGAUGAAAUCCAGUCAUUCACCAACAAUCUGUGCUACACGUAUGCUCGGUGCACUAGAGCUGUGUCAGUUGUUCCACCUGUGUACUAUGCACACCUUGCUGCAAUCCAUUUCCGCCGCUACCUGGAUGCUGAGCGGGGCGAUGCAGGAUCAGUUUUGAGUGGUGGAAGUGGGGACAUUGAUCCGAGUUUGGAGCCAAGGCCUCUGCCGCUGGUGAAAGAAGCUGUUCGGCGGAACAUGUUCUUCUGCUGAGAAGUAGCACAUGUCCUUUUUGGCAAAGAGAAUUCAACCCUGCACUACAUUACAUGAAAGGAGGGACUGCUACUUUCCGGACAGCGUUGAUGUGGUAGUGCCAAGGAAUUGUGUGUGUGUAUUAGGACCUGGCCAUUUGGAUGCUCAGGCGCGCAAAAUUGUGGUCACAGGCAGUGACCUUCUUUGGUGCUUCUCUUUUCGUGUGCUCUCUGGAGGGCUUGUACUGUUAGUCUGCGAAUGGUAGUCUGUACACUUUUCUAGGUACUGUUAGUCUGCGAAAUGGUAGUCUGUACACUUCUGUGUACUCAUUGUACUGUUCCUUGGUAUGCAAAAUGAUAGUCUGUACACUACUGUGUACUACUUGUGCUGCUAUUCUGUACACGUCUGUGCAUUCUGCUGAGUGUUCUUCCGUGUGUGAGGAUGCGAAGCAUCGUCGGUCAGGUUCCUCAGUCAGUGAGAUCAUACGCUUGUGAUGGCCAUGCCUUCAGCCCAGCCCAUAAGUGCCAUACGGACUUGACGCCAUCUCUCUUCUGGCUGUUAAGGGAUCGUCGGUCAGACUGCUUUUUCAGUGUAAUCAUAAGCUUGUGAUGUUCAGGCAAUCAGCGAAGUGGUCGGAUUGUACUCCUUCGAAGUUACCUACCUACACACCGUUAUAUCUGACUUGGCUGGUCAGAUUGCGUUCUGCUAUUGAACAACGGAGAGCUCGGCAAGCUGGUCAUCCACAUUGGCUGCGGUGUUAUGCUACAGAGAAACCUGUGCCCUAAUGCAUGAAGAUAUGUGCAUUAGGCUACCAGCUCCUUUUCGAAGCGGAUCUGGAGACUACACUCUCUCCUUUGACAAGUGGGAGAGGAUCUGUCAGUCUCGCAGAAGAAGCUUCAGCCUGUGCCUCUGCUCCAGUUAUUUGUGAUUUUGGCGGCUCUCUUCUUCCGCCGUUCUGAUUCACAUUUUUGAUUUUCGCGGUUCUCUUCUUCCGCGGUUCUGAUUCAGCACCUGGUGAGGUAGGUUAUUUGCAGGGGAGGAAGAGUCUCAGAAGGAUAAUUUUGCUAUUGUAGGAGAAGAAAAAACUUUGUGGAAGUCCAGCUGUGAAUAGCCUUCUUUUAAGUUUUUGUCUUUGCACAAUGUUGCAGUUGUCUAAGCGAGGUCCUGAAUGUGAUUUCAUCU